CCCUUGACCUAACAAGAACGAUUACAUGUUGUGGUCUUAAGUGCCACUACCAAUAAGGAAUGUUUCAAAAGAGUUACCAACCAAUAACCCCACAGAUUGUUGUAAUAACAUAGAAAGCCAGGAGUAUCUAUGAGAUAGAAAUAGGACCACUGAAUUAGGAUUUACAAAACUUGAGAAUCACAUAGGACGUUCGAAGGAAGAGUAUGGACCUUAGGCAUUGCUUAAGCCUCUUUUACAUUUUUAUUUAUAGUAUCUCAUAUAGAACUUAAUAUUUUCAGAUGGAACCACCCCAACCACCCCCAAGAUUCCCCGCACUUAGGGAUAUGAUCGAUCAGAUGAGGCACACUCAGGACUUGGAGGAUAGGCUCCGACGGUUUUGGCUGUGUCAAUGGGAUCCGAACGAGCCCUUUGGGGCAUUUUUGGGGCGAUUCGUGCACGCUUGGCAGUUUGUGCGGACGAUCGGCGUCACAGACUACUACGAGGCCGGUCAGCAACUGAUCCGACAUUUGCUUUUCGGCUGGAGAGACUGGGCGGAUGAGCAGUUGGAUGAUACCUCGACACGACAGCUGUUCACGUCCCGACCCCUCGGGAACUUUGUAUUGUUCAGCAUGCGGAUCUUCAACAGGUGGGCGAGUCACGGACUCACUGCCCCCUUACCUGCUGUAGCACCAGUGGAGAUGCCCCCACCACAGUACCACCAUUAUCCUCUGAAUCAACCGGCAAAUGCAGCAGCCCCUUUUCCGCCGUAUCCCAUGAAUGGGGACGAGUAUGAGGACAGCCCACCUAGGGGCCCAGUAGUCGAUGCACUGGCACCCCCACUAGUACCUCCACCGCAGGAGCCAGCCGAUGAGCCCGAGGUACCUAGGCGGUACCGCAUCCGCCUAGAUGAUUACGGGCAGCCCUUUGCUCUACCAAAUGAGGACAUGAUGGGGCCAGAGAUUAUGCUAGAAGACCCACCUGCUCCCCCAGCCCUCCCAGCGCCAGCAGACAAUGACAUUCCCAUCAUAGAAGUAGAGGAUGAGGAGGAUCCCGAGGAGGAUCCAGAGGAGGACCCCGCAGGCUUUCAGGAUUGGGAGGAUGAUGACUCAUCAUUGUUGGGAGACGGCUCUGUCACUGACUCAUCCUAGUAGAUGCCGCCAUAACUUUUUUUUGACAGUUAGCAUAGGUGUCGGAAUUUGAAUUGUUUUCAUUGGGAGCCGGGAGUAGAUAGCCCGAGCUGUGUCUGAACACCACUUAUCCAGAUGUUUUGAUUUUGAUGAUGAAUGCUCAGACAUAUGUUUCUAAUGUUAUUAAUGGUUAUUGAUUUAUUUUGGUACUUGAGUGGACUCUUUAUC